AGUCCAGAGUCCGAGCAAGUGGAGUGGAGACAGCUAAUUACUUUCCCCCUUUUCGAUUUUGUGAUUCCGUUUUAGGGCAAUGCAUAGCCACCGGCCGUUACCGUCAACCGCCGCCGCCGCCACCGCCACCGCCACAGCUUGAGAAGGAGAAGAAGAGGAAGAGAUGGGAUGCACGGCGUCGAAGCUCGACAACGAGGACACCGUGAGGCGGUGCAAGGAUCGCCGCCGUCUCAUCAAGGAGGCCGUUCACGCUCGCCACCACCUCGCCGCCGCCCACGCAGAUUACUGCCGAUCUCUUCGUCUCACCGGAUCUGCCCUCUCCUCCUUUGCCGCCGGUGAGCCUCUCUCCGUCUCCGAUCAGACUCCGGCGGUAUUCCUCCAUCCUCCCUCCGAACGCUCCUCCGCCGCCGCCGGUUUUGUUCCUCCUCCGCAAGUCCCGCCGUCGCCUUCCCCUUCCUCCGUCCAUCCUCCGCGGCCUCCUCCUCCGAUUUCUCCCUCCGUAGCUAGUUCCAAGUUGCCCCCUGUCAUCACCGCCAAUCGUCGCCGGAAGCAGAUGCCAAAGCUCCCUCACAUCCUCUCGGAGUCAAGCCCUUCGUCAACUCCUAGGAGUGAGAGAUCCAAUUUCAUGCCGAAUUUCUUUCCCACCGCUUAUCCGAACUCAACGUACUCCACAACUCCCUCUCAAGCAUCUUCCGUCUGGAACUGGGAGAAUUUCUACCCUCCUUCUCCUCCUGAUUCCGAGUUCUUCAACGCGCAAGCUCAGGGGAAGCAACAGAACCCCCACUAUCUUUCUAACGAUCUAGCCGAUGGCGAUGACACCGAAACGGAGAGAUCAGAGUAUGAUUUCUUCCAUACGAGAAAGCAGAAUCAGUUCGCAUCCAUGAAUAGUACAGUAGACGAGGAGACGGAAAGAGAGGAGGUACAGUGUAGCGAAUGGGAAGAUCACGAUCACUACAGCAUGACGAGCUCCUCGGAUGCAGCAGAGGAGGAGGGGGAUAGGGAGUCUAUGUCCGAGAUCGGUAUGCGCUCCGACUUCGGAUCCUCCGUGAGGACUGGUUCCCUGAGACGGCACCACCGUCAGCCCUCACCGCCGCCGUCGGAGUACGGAGGCGCUGCUCCAGGGAAGUAUGACAAAGCAGAUGACGCGACGACGUCUUCCGGCAGCUACAAGGGUGGAGGAGAAAUCGCUGACAUGAGGAUGGUGGUGAGGCAUAAGGAUUUGAAAGAGAUUGUUGAUGCGAUCAAGGAGAACUUCGACAAAGCUGCAGCCGCCGGUGAUCAGGUCUCGCAGAUGCUCGAGCUUGGCAGAGCUCAGCUCGAUCGCAGUUUCAGCCAGUUGAAGAAGACUGUGAUUCAUUCGAGUGGCGUAUUAAGCAACUUGAGUUCAAGCUGGACAUCGAAACCACCAUUGGCGGUUAAGUACAGGCUCGACACAACGGCACUGGACCAACCAGGUGGUCUGAAGAGCCUUUGUUCCACUCUGGAUCGGCUCCUAGCAUGGGAGAAGAAGCUCUAUGAGGAAGUCAAGGCAAGAGAAGGUGUGAAGAUCGAGCACGAAAAGAAGUUGUCGCAACUUCAGAGCCAGGAGUACAAGGGGGGUGAUGAGUCUAAGCUGGACAAGACAAAGGCUUCUAUAACAAGAUUGCAGUCGCUGAUAAUUGUCACGUCGCAGGCCGUCACCACCACAUCUACUGCUAUUAUCCAUCUUCGAGAUUCUGACCUUGUUCCUCAGCUCGUUGAACUCUGUCAUGGCUUCAUGUACAUGUGGAAGUCGAUGCACCAAUUCCACGAGGUUCAGAACAGCAUAGUGCAGCAAGUUCGGGGGCUUAUCAACAGGUCAGGCAAAGGGGAAUCGACUUCCGAACUGCACCGACAGGCGACACGUGACCUGGAAGCGGCUGUAUCCGCGUGGCAUUCCAAUUUCUGCCGGCUGAUCAAGUUUCAACGUGACUUUGUACGGUCGGUUCAAGCCUGGUUCAAGCUAACCCUAGUUCCAGUCUGCAACGACGAUGCUAACCAGAAAGAGCAGGUAGAUGCAUACAACUUCUGUGAUGAGUGGAAGCUCGCCUUGGACCGGCUACCGGACACGGUGGCUUCAGAAGCCAUCAAGAGCUUCAUAAAUGUCGUCCACGUGAUCUCGGCAAAACAAUCUGAAGAGAUGAAGGUCAAAAAACGGACGGAAUCGAUGGCAAAGGAGCUGGAGAAGAAGGCGUCGUCGAUCAGGAGCAUAGAGAGGAAAUACUAUCAGUCGUAUUCGAUGGUGGGGAUCGGAAUAUCGGGUUCGGAACCCGAGAACGGGAAUACAUUGGAUGCAAGGGAUCCGCUGAUGGAGAAGAGGGCGGAGCUGGCGGCAUGCCAGAGGAGAGUGGAGGAGGAGAUGAUGAAGCAUACGAAGGCGAUAGAAGUGACGAGGGCCAUGACGCUGAAUAACUUUCAGACGGGGUUGCCUGGUGUUUUCCAAGCCUUGACCAGUUUCUCUUCUCUCUUCUCCGAGUCCCUCCAAACGGUAUGCACCCGUUCCUACUCUAUCAAAUAAGAUCGUUAUAGAUAUAUAUAUAUAGUAGAAAAAUCCUUCAGUGGAAUUUUUGGCGGUCAAGUAAUAUUAAAAUGGGAUGUGGAAAUUUCAGCCUGUUGUUUUGUUUUCUGGGGCCAAUCAAUGACACCGUUGGGCCAUCUUUGUUCACUUGUUUUUUGUCUGUAGAAGAGGAGGGAGAGGUGUUUAGAAAUGUAAAUAUAAGGGGGGU